GCCGGCUGUGGUGUCGGAGCGCGACCCCGUGACCCGAGCAUGGCCUGCGGCCGCCUGUUGCUGGUGGCCGCGCUGCUGGCGGUGGCCGGCGCGCGCGAGGCGCACGUACCGAUGCCUCCGAACGGCGAGUGUCCGGCGAACACGGUGUACAUCUGUAUAGUGGACCAGGAGGCCAAGUAUUGCACCUACAGAGCGUUCCUGUGCGACGGCAAAGAACACUGCGAAAAUGGAGAAGACGAGGACGGCGAAGGAUGCAUACGAAAGAAGCAGAACACCGCUCAGUACUCACCGAAAAUCUACGAUAACUUCACGAUGGAUGGCACGCGAGACGACUGCAGUCUGAAGUCGUACCCUUCGGUGUGCCGCUGCUCGUACCGAACACGGCUGGAGUGCAGCAACAGGAACCUGACCCGGGUGCCCAGCAACGUCAGCCCGGACGUCACCCGUCUGUACCUCCAAGAUAACAGAAUCGUUCUACGCGACAAAGAUCUGAACAAGUAUACACAGAUCCAAAUGGUAAACUUAAACAGAAACGAACUCGAAGAGAUACCGCAAAACUUCUUCUCUGGACAGGACAAACUCUUCAGACUGCUGCUGCGGGGCAACCGGCUGCGCCGACUGCAGGUCGGGGUGCUGGCGGGGCUGGCGAACCUGGCCCAUGUACUACUGGACGGCAACCUGCUGACAGAGUUCGCCGCCGGCCAUUUCCAGCACCUGCCGCAGCUACGCUUUCUAAACCUGAGUAGAAACAGAAUAUCACUGGAAAACUACGAGUUUCCGCCCUCCAGACUGCAAAAGCUGCAUCUGGAGAACAACAUCAUUCGGCGUAUUUCAAGCACGACGUUUCGAAACCUGCGUCAUGUCAAAACAUUGUACCUGCAGGGUAACCGCAUCGAUAGAAUUGCCGAUGACGCCUUCCAUGGUCUAGCAGAACUCGAAGAACUGUACCUCAACAACAACCGCCUGACAGUGCUCGGCCGCGCCUGGUUCACCAGCCUGCACCGCCUGACCGUGCUACACAUUGGAUUCAACCAAUUCACACAGCUUCCUGUGGAUGGUUUCUACGAUUUGAAAGCACUCUACAGUCUUGACUUAAGUGGUCUCAACAUUGAGAACAUCACGGAAGACAUGUGGGCGCCACUUCAAGGACUAGACGCUAUAAAGUUUUCUCGGUUCUCGUAUUGCGCAUACACUCCAAGGGUGUCCUUCUGCGAGCCGAGAUCAGACGUGUUCUAUUGGCAGAGCUCCAGCACAUUCUACGGCCUGAACGGCAUCUGCUUUCCCCUGCACAUCCAGGAGCCGUACAUCGUGGGCUGGAAGUAUUCAGCAUUCGUCUUCCUGGUCAUCAAUGUUGCAUCGCUGCUGCUGAUCCUGUGCUCCUACAUGGCCAUGUUCUGCAACAUCCAGCAGACGCGCCGCAACACGCCGCUGGUGGUGCGUGAGGUGGAGGUGGCCCUCCGCUUCUUCUGCAUCGUCACCACCGACUGCCUCUGCUGGACUCCCAUCAUGGUGGUCAAGGCGGUGGCUCUCGCUGGCGUCCACGUACCAGUGGAGCUGCACGCUUGGAUCGCGGUGUUUGUGCUGCCGAUUAACUCAGCGGUCAACCCGUUCCUUUACACCUUCACCACCACCAAGUUCUACAGCCGGAUGAAGACAGCGACAGCGAGGUACAGCAUCUGCGUCCAGCAUCGCCGUGAGUCCGUGAACGUGACCGGCUCGGAGAGUGUGGGCUUCACUCAGCGGACCAGCCUGCACGUGAUGCCCGUCAACAAAGCGUUCUCAGAAGCACCCACCAGCUCCCACAGGACAGCGCUCCCCAACGAGGCGCUGCUGACCUCCCACGCCACCGUUACUGACUCAAAGUGCUAGUUGUGGUCGAUAGAUGGCAGUGAGGAGGCGGUUGCGGAUGAGAUCAUGCGAUUUCCUCUGGGUGUUAUAUGCCGGUCUUCGGUCUGAGCAUGUUUGGAAUUCGUUUGGCUUAUGUUUAAAUGUAGUAGAAAAACAAAUUAGUACAAUAAUCAGCAUGAGCUGUCUUCAAACUGACUGGCGUCACACCGCGCUUGAGCCGUGCUGCGCCGGCAUUGAACGCACCAGCCAUGAGCGGGCCGAAGUGUCUUCUGACGGGCCUCCGUCCGAGCACCGAGCGCAUAUACGUGGGGUUCCCUGGAGAGACGUAAAGGGAAGGGGGAAGUUUGCAACGCAGACGGGUCCCUGCGCGAGCGGAGUGUCGACGUACUGGUCCCUGUGCGAGUGGAGUGUCGACGGACGGACGGGUCCCUGCACCAGUCGAGUGCCGACGGACGGGUCCCUGCACCAGUCGAGUGCCGACGGGCGGGUCCCCAGGUGCACUUCGACCCAACGUUAUCCACCCUUCUCCACUUCGUGGCCCUCAAAUGACUGACUGGCCGAAAGGGAAAUCAAUCAAACAACCAAAUCACGCUAAACACCCAGGCAUAGAUGUUACAUUUUCAAAAUGCGUGUGAUGUUCGAAUGUUGUUAUAACAUGCAUUCCUAGUAUGCUUCACGUAACCAUUUUGAAAAGACAGGUUUUGUCUUAAGCAUUGGCAGGAGUGGGCCAAGGAAAUGUGACUCAUCAUUCGGAACUGUUUAAAUGUGUCGUUGUGGUUGAACGUUCACUGACAGCUCUGACAGUCAAUGUUAUCAUCGUCACCACUCGAUGUGACCAAAUAAUGCCCAGAUCAUGUUGUCAUAUAGUACGCUCUAGCAAGUGUUACAUUACAACGCAUACGGUUGUGUGUCGGUGCAUGUUUUGUUGUCGAUAGUUGGGGCACCAAAAUGUCAGCUAUGUUUUGAUCUGUGCAAGGUGUAUGUUCCAUUCUAGACAUCUUAGGCAUCAAUGUAUGUAGUUUUGUUUCGUUGUAGGCUAUUAGGUUCCUGUAUGCAAGCAAGCCAGAAAGACACCCUGAGACGAAGUGUCGUCAUUUGUACAGCUUCAUGUGUGACGCCUGCACUCAAUUCGCAUCGUUCGGGUGCCCGUCAUGCCUCUGACCGACGCAUGGUUUCGUAUGUUGAGCUUUGUCAUGCUUAAAGGCCAUCUACCAACAUCCUGUUCCACGCGGAUCGGGGUCUGGUACACUUGCCCUGACUUUUCCAUCUCUCAUGUCGUUUCGGGUUUUGACUGGCAAGAAAACUCUGUGCAUUCAUGGAACCAAAAGACAUCUAAGAAUGUCACACAGGGUACUAACGGGCACAGGUGAUCAAAAGCGGGAUUGAAGCAAUCUCAUCCGGUGUACACAGCUGGUUCAUGUCUGAGUCUUUCCUCGGCCGAUGUUCAAGACUCCAGCCCCAGUGUGCCACUAGCUGAUACAUAACUGGGUCUCAGCGUGCCGCCCAGGCUUACUCCUGCGAAGUAGAACCGCCGCGCUUCCGUCAUCAGCUGGGUCAAAUAUGUGACGCGCUACGACGGGGUUGGUGUUCCCCCUCUCGGCGUGCGCACGUAUGCGCUAUGAGGAUGCUUACUCUCCACCAUCCCCCAGUUUGGAUGUUCCUGGGGUGGGUGCUGCGUGUGUGGAGGCGGAGAAGGACGGAGACAUCACCGUUGGCGAGAGUGUAACGCGCUUGGGUCCGCUGUCGUGCCGCGGUUUGUCCCGCUGCGCGCACCAGCUCUUUGGGAAGAGCGGGUAUCAUCGUCAGCCUAUGUAAUACACGCUG